AUGUCCUAUUUCCCCAUAAGACCAGUUUGAUCAUUUUUUCUGAAUUCCAAGCCUAGAACUCUAAUUAACGGUGGCAUAAUUGACUUUCUUGAUAAAAUAAUUAACGAAGAAACCCAGAUUCUAACCUUUGAAAGCGAGCAUGAAGAUUUAGAAAAUUUUGCACAUAAGCGAUUUCAUUCACAAUCAAAACUAAAUAAUUAUAGUGUUUUUGACUGUAAAUUACUGAUUCCUCCUAUAAUUAGAGCCAAAAAAUUUGCUUCAUAUUUUUUUUCGGAGAAUAAUUAUUAAAAUUAAUUUAUAAAAUUAUCGAUUCUAAGGCGCUAGUGUUAAUUAAAAAUAUUUUAUUGACACUUCUCUGUAAAAGAGAAAAAGCUAAAGGUAAUUUUUUAUUUUGGCAAUAUAAAUUAGGUAUCAAAGCUAUCAUAUAGAAAUUAUUACUUUUAACUAUAAAAAUUUAAAGUUGGGCUAGCUGACAAAAAAAAUGGAAAUUUACUGAUAUUUAUUUCGAUUUAAAGAGGAGUGAGAUUUAUUGCUAAAUGAUAUCAUUUUUUAUUUCCUUCUAACUUAUCUUUUAUUGGACUAUCGACUUUAUUAUUGCUAAUUUGACUUUCAACUUAUUUACCAUCUGACAGAAGCUAUACCAUUAUUGGUUCUGUCACUAUUUUAGCUGCAAUAUUGAUAAAAUUGUUUAUUUUUAGUAGAAAGAUGCAUAAAGAAUCUAGUAAAGAAGCCAAAUAUGCUUUAUCCAUUAUUCAUAAUGGAUUAUUUGCAGAGUAUGAUAAAGUUUCAUUAAACCCAGGAGAUAUUAUAUUAGCUGAAUUUAAAACAUCAAAUAUAAACAAGCACAACAUGCCAAGAGAAAAACAUUUAAAAUCGAAUAACUUUGAAGAACUUCAAUCACGAAUAAUUAUCUUUAAAGCUGAUAAAAACUGGCUAAAUAACGAAGAAAGGCUAAAUAUCUCACAAAACUUCGCAGAAGACUUAAUUAUAUCUGAAAUGGAACUUGAAUCAAAUUUCAAUUUAAGGACUUUUUCUUACCUUAUCCAGCUUUAUACCUAUGCAAUUAUGUUUUACAAAGAUAUAAAAGAGUCAAAAAGAAAAAUUUUCAAACAGCGUCUUCAAUCAUUAUUAUUAAAAAUUGAUUUAAUUAAGCUUUCAAAUUCAGAAUUUCAGCAUAAAGUAGAUUUUUCUCAAAAACAUCUAAAGGUAUACUCAAGGUUGCAUAAAUCUAAGCAGAGAAGGCAACCUUCAGACGAUUUUUGUAUUGAAUAUUGGCAUCCUUACGAAAUUUCAGAAAUUCAUGAAAUAAAUGCUGAAGAAACUAUUGAGAGACAUGACAGCAGCAAUAUUUCUAUUUGAAAUAGAGUUCAAGAAGAUAUGAGAAAUCAAGCACAAAAUUUAAGCUCAAGGAUUGAUGAUAGAAGAAAGAGUGUAAUGAACCAGUCUUUUAAUAGUCUGAAUAUGUCUAAUCUGUCAGAUAGAUCUGAUUUGGAAGACUUUGAAGUGAAAUUUGAACUAUAUCAAAUAGAACUUGAAAAAAUGAUGGAUCAAUUUGUUGAGAAGGCUCUUAAAGAAACGAUGGAAAUAAAGAAUAGAUAUAGAGAAAGUGUCAGGAAACUGGAAGAUAUUGAUAAUAUUUUUGUUCAAAAUAAACUGAGGGUAGAAGCCGAAAGGAUGAUGAAAAAAGAAACUGAUGAAACAAAUCAAAGAAUUGAUGAAGAAAAAAAGAAAACAAUUUUGACUCUAAGGCAAAAAUUCAAAUUAUUAUAA